AUGAGCUUCCCCUUAAGAGAAGUCUGGAGCGAGCUUCUGCGUUCUACCUCAAAUAAUCAAGCGGUCCUGAAAGAACUUCUCGAUGGUCGCCCAGAGAUCGAGCGGGCGACAGAUUUGAACUGCAUGUUUAUGAAUUAUAUUUCUAUCAUCUACAAGGUCUUUAACAUAAAGAUAGAAGGUGGUCGGAUUGAUCCAAGAGUUUGGCUACCCAGCGACCACGAGUUUGUCGAAAUGCUGAAAUUAUUGGUACGCUAUAUAAACGACAUCACUACUUGGAUUGAGGACCAUGAUCGAACUGGCGCAUCUUGGACGUCUAUUGGUGAAUUCUACGCAGAGUCAUUGCUCGAAGUCGAUGCGCAGUGUCAGAGAUGGUGGGUGUUGGCCGAUAUGACCAUCUUCAAUCCGGCCAACACUCCAUUCAAGACACUUCCAAUAAUGCUGCUUAAUGAAGAAAGUGUUCUUCAAAAAUUCGAUCCAGCUAACUUCAACCGGUUCAAAGGGGCACAAUCAUUGUCACCCAUGGAAAACAGCUCCACGGACAUAAGUAAAUUUGAAGCUCCGCCAUCGCCAGCAUCAUCACUGAAACAACCUCAAACUCCCUCUACUGCUUCCUCAAGUUUCAGUUGCCAACCCGCAACGAUGUCCCUCGACAAAGGCCAGAUAGCAGCCGGCUUUACUGAUAGUUGGAAUCAUGGCGAAGAUUCAAACUUUUCCUCGCACAAUUCAUAUGGUGAUAUAGAUCAGGGCUUCCUAUGUAAUGGCGGCGUCGAACCUGGAGGGCUUGAUGUACAGCAGACUCCCGUUUUCAUGCCAACUACACCUCGAUUGGAACAGAACGGAUUCGUACCAUCACAUAACCCGAGUUCAUCAUUCCAUCAACCUGUUAAUAAGCAAGGCGAAUUCUGUCGGCCAAUGCCUCCACCUGCUCGAAAGAUUGUUAUACCACGACUUCAAAAACAAGGAAAUUUAGAGCCACUUUUUCCACCAACCCAACAUUCAGAACUUCGACCUUCUCUGCCUACUCCACAGACUUUCAAUUCUGGAACAUAUAGAAAGCGAGGAUACAGAAAAGUUUCGCCGCAAGCUUUGAGUAGAAAACCAAAAAAACGACGAGCAGUAGCCGCUGAGAUGCCGCAGCAUAAACCGGGAUACACUGGAAUGCAAGAAUUUCCACCUGGCUCUAAACUUUUGCCUGGUAGUUUGAUGCAUGGCUCCCCUGGCAGCGCUACGGGAUUUACUAGCGGAUCCUAUAAUACAAAUCACUCAGCCUCGGCAGCUUUCAGUGCCCUCAAGAGAAACGCGGAAACCAUGCGGACUAAUCUCAAGAGCGUUCCACAUAAGGUUGCGAUCGGUUCGCAAAUGGAUUGGAACAAUACAGUUUCAACCAAAAGCAGCCCAAAAGGGAGAGCCGGAAACGUUGUCACUACACAGCAGGACUGGAAUGACACCGUAUCAGCCGCUCUUGACUCAGAACGGGGUGGGGCAAAUACAGGUCUCGGAAUUUCAAGUCCAAAAAUCAGUCGCGAUCCCUCAAGAUUACCUGGAACUCCUAUGAUGUGUACGGAUAUGAGUAUAGGAUAUGCACGCCCGGAUGCAUCCCAGCAGUCAAUAUGUUUCAGCUCACCAAUACACUCACCAUUAACAGGAGGUGAUUUAAGGGGUGCUGGCCACAAAAGCUCACGACAUCUGCACCACAGUGCAGUCGAAAGAGACUAUGUUUUAGGCGGAGAUCAAUCUUUGGAAAACGAGUCAACUGUGUUCAAGCCAUGGUAA